CUCUUCACAGAGCUGCUGGCUGCAAAGAAGACCCACACCUCACAAAUUGAAGUGAUCCCUUGCAAAAUCUGUGGGGACAAAUCAUCUGGGAUCCACUACGGGGUCAUCACCUGUGAGGGGUGCAAGGGUUUCUUCCGCCGGAGCCAGCAGUGCAACGUGGCCUACGCCUGCACCCGUCAACAGAACUGCCCCAUCGACCGCACGAGCCGAAACCGGUGCCAGCACUGUCGCCUGCAGAAAUGCCUGGCCCUGGGCAUGUCCCGAGAUGCUGUCAAGUUCGGCCGCAUGUCCAAGAAGCAGAGGGACAGCCUGCAUGCGGAAGUGCAGAAACAACUGCAGAGGCAGCAGCAGCAGCAGCAGCAGCAGCGGGAUCAAGUGGCCAGGACUCCUCCUGCCGGGGCCCAGGGAACAGACACCCUCACCUACACCCCGGGGCUCCCAGACAGACAGCUGCCCCUGGGUGCCUCACCAGACCUGCCCGAGGCCUCUGCCUGUCCCCCUGGCCUCCUGAGAGGCCCAGGCUCGGGGCCUUCAUAUUCCAGCCACUUGGCCAAGGCAGGGCUCCACGGGGCUUCGUACCACCUCGACUACAGCCCUGAGCGGGGCAAGGCCGAGGCCAGAGAGGGCUUCUAUAGCACAGGCAGCCAGCUGACCCCUGACAGAUGUGGACUUCGCUUUGAAGAGCCCAGGCAUCCUGGGCUGGGGGAACUAGGGCGGAGCCUGGAUGGCAGUAGCCCCAGUUUCCGAGGCACCCCUGAGACACCCUAUGCCUCCCUGACGGAGAUCGAGCACCUGGUGCAGAACGUGUGUAAGUCGUACCGGGAGACGUGUCAACUGCGGUUGGAGGACCUGCUAGGGCAGCGCCCCAACAUCUUCUCACGGGAAGAGGUGACCAGCUACCAGAGGAAGUCCAUGUGGGAGAUGUGGGAGCACUGUGCCCACCGCCUCACCGAGGCCAUCCAGUAUGUGGUGGAGUUCGCCAAGAGGCUGGUGGGCUUCAUGGAGCUCUGCCAGAAUGACCAGAUCGUGCUGCUGAAAGCAGGAGCCAUGGAAGUGGUGCUGGUCAGGAUGUGCCGGGCCUACAACGCCGACAACCACACGGUCUUCUUUGAAGGCAAAUACGGAGGCGUGGAGCUGUUCCGAGCCUUGGGCUGCAGCGAGCUGAUCAGCGCCAUCUUUGACUUCGCCCACUCCCUGAGUGCCUUACGUUUUUCUGAGGACGAGAUUGCCCUCUACACAGCCCUGGUUCUCAUCAACGCCAGCCGGCCUGGGCUCCAAGACAUCAGGAAAGUGGAGCAGCUGCAGUGCAACCUCGAGCGGGCCUUCCACCAUCAUCUCUGCAGGACGCACCGCCAAGGCAUCCUGGCAAAGCUGCCGCCCAAGGGGAAGCUGCGGAGCCUGUGCAGCCAGCACAUGGAAAAGCUGCAGACCUUCCGGCACCUCCACCCCAUCGUGGUCCAAGCUGCCUUCCCCCCGCUCUACAAGGAACUCUUCAGCACUGACACGGAGGCCCCAGAGACGCUGCCCAGUGACCUGCCCCAGAGCCCCCUGGCCCUCCUACCAGGACCGCCUUCUUCCUCAGCCUUUUCCUUUCCUGUGUCGCCUGGAGGGUGGUCCCCACAGGUUCUCAGGGAGUGAGCAAGUGCCAAGACUGGUUGCUGCCCACACACUUGCCAGGCAGUGAGCUGGCGGCUGGCGGGUGUAGAUGGAGGGACACCAGCUCUGGUCUCAGCUCCGUUCUGUCUCUGUUCCCACUUCGCCCCCAGAUUCGGGGGAGUGGGCAGGGCUGCAGUGGACUGGGAUAGAAGGACCUCUAGGAGGGCAUCCUCAGGACAACCAGGGGGCGUCCAGGCCUCCCUGGAUGAAGGCAUCUCAACUGUGGACUCCAGAGCUACGAGUGAACAAACGGGUCUUUGAAAUACCUCAUUGCCUCUCCCUGUGGGCUGUGUGCUGGGGAGACGGAGCCAGCUCAGAGGCCAGCCGGCGGCAGGGGAAGCCCAGAAGGAACUGUGUAUACCGUAACACAAAUCGGCAUCUUCAGA